GAAAAAAAAAAGAAAAAGAAACGAAAACCAACCACAACACAACCAAGACAAAACAAAACACACACAAGAUGCCUCAUCAUAAUGCCAAGAAACAGACUCAUAACCAUGGAUUGGGGAAAGCUUUAAUGAACCAUCGAGCAAAGACAAAAAAAUUGGACCAUGAACGAGAAUUGCACACGACAGCGGUAUAUGAGAACAAGCCAAUCUCAGUCACCCAGGAGAGUGAUCUGGAGAACUUCUUGAAUACGGCAGCGAUGGCCGGAGCGGAUUUUACUGCGGUCCGACAGAACGUAGUGAUUGUGAAUUCGGGGAACGGGAAUGGAGGGACGAAUGGCCGGAAUCCGUUCCUACUCUCUGCGGAUGAGCAAGCCCAAGUCGAAGCGAGCCAUCGAGUCCACAAGGAUCUACUACGAGUCCCGCGUCGACCUCGAUGGACAGAGACGACGACUGGGGCACAACUAGACCGGCUCGAACGCGACGGCUUCUUGGAGUGGAGGAAAGGAUUGGCAGAUCUCUCGGACCAUCGAGCGUUGCUCUUGACCCCCUUCGAGCGCAAUAUCGAGGUCUGGAGACAGCUUUGGAGGGUCGUCGAGAGAAGCCAACUGAUCGUCCAGAUCGUCGAUGCCCGAAAUCCUCUCCGCUUCCGCUGUGAAGAUCUCGAGAAAUACGUCAAUGAGCUCUCUGAUCAGGCCAUCCAAGCACUCCCAUCCCACCUCGAUCUUCCACCAAGUCAAGAAGGCCAGCCAAGACUCAAGACUAAUCUUUUGCUCGUCAACAAGUCCGACUUGUUGACCGAGAACCAACGGGCUUUGUGGGCCGAAUACUUCGACAGUCAAGGGAUCCAAUACGCCUUCUUCUCUGCCGCCGAUGCAGUCGCCCUUCAAGCUAUUCAAGAGUCGGAAGAACCAGAUUCGUCGGAUCUUGAUGGAAACAGUUGGGAGGACGACGAGGAGGAGGAGGAAGAGGAGGAUCCUACCAGUGACUCGCCGCAAUCCGAUGAGAUCCCCCACUCUUCUUCCUCAACCCCCAAUCCACCCAAAUCCGAGAGUUAUCCGCAGACUACGGACGAUCAUUCCAGCUCGACUCAUCCAAGCCUCAUCCUCCCCAAAUCGAAGACGAAAAUCUUGACGGUCUCCGAGUUAGAGGAGCUUUUCCUAUGCCAUGCCGAAAGAUAUUUGAGCAAGCUUGAUGAAAGUACUGAGGGAGAAGAACGAGGUGGUGAUGAUAAUGAUAAUGAACGACCGGCGAGGAAAUUGGUAGUAGGAUUAGUCGGAUAUCCCAAUGUCGGUAAAUCAUCGACGAUCAAUGCCUUAGUAGGAGCCAAGAAAGUCUCAGUGUCGUCGACGCCGGGGAAGACGAAGCAUUUCCAAACGAUCCAUCUGUCGCCGGAGGUGAUCUUAUGCGACUGUCCGGGGCUAGUCUUCCCGCAAUUUGCCUCAACCAAGGCAGAACUAGUGUGUGAUGGGGUGCUUCCGAUCGACCAAAUGCGGGAACAUACCGGGCCGAUCAGUCUGAUCACCCAACGGAUCCCCAAGGAGGUUCUGGAAGCGACGUAUGGGUUGCAGUUACAGACCUUACCGCUGGAGGAGGGCGGGGAUGGGAAAGUGACGGCGAGCGAGUUUCUGACGAGUUAUGCGAUUGCGCGGGGGGCGUUUACGGGCGGAGGCGGGAUGGGACGGCCGGAUGAAUCGAAGGUCUCCCGGCCGAUCCUCAAAGAUUAUGUGGCCGCCAAGCUCCUCUAUUGCGCGCCCCCGCCACUGGACGGCCUGAGCCCGGAAGAAUUCAACGCCGAGAGUCGCGAACUCAAGCUCAAGAGCUCGGCCCAUCGCAAGCUCGCACCCACAACCAGAGUGCCGAUGAGGAGCGACACCUUCGUCAAGCCCGUAGCCGGUACUCUGCCCGUCGACCGCCAAUCAUCCCGCUCUCAGGCCCUCGACCAAAACUUCAUCAUCGACCACAAUCUCCAUGCUACCAAUACUCCUAAACAUAUCAACGUCGGCAUCAAAGGAAGACGCUCGGUCGUCGAUAGACAACUCAUCAAUACCGCUAACGAUCUCGCUAAACUUAGAGUCUCAGACGAUCUUAAACUCUAUUCUAUCAACAACUCCGGCCUCCCCGCUGAGCAUCCUCAGCUUAAAAAUCCUGGUAAUCCUUCUAAAAAACACUUCAAAAGAGUCGUUAAUUCUUCGAAUAGUAAGGGCAAAAAAAUGAGAUCUGGAAGAGGUUACGAGGAUUCUUAA